AUGGAUAAUGAAUUAACUUCAACAAUGGAUAAAUCACUUAUUAACCGUUUAAAAAUUCACCUUAAAUCACAGAAAACUCAUUGGAUAAUCUUGUUUUUCGUGGCAAUGGAUUUUUUAUGCUUCAUGACGAUGAUAAUUAUAUCUUUUCUUUGGCCUGAAUAUGAACAAAAACAACAUUGGAUAAUUGAAACAUUAACAAUUAUUGCAUUUGCCAUAAACGCAGUUUUCUUACUCGAAAUAAUAUUAAACUUUAUCGUAUUUGGUUUGGCGUAUUUCACAAAAGGCCCACAUUGGCUUCUCCAUAUAUUUGACGCUAUUUUAGUGUUCGCAACAUUUAUUUUAGAAAUAUUAUUACAUGGAAAACAACGAGAAGUUGUAGGAUUAUUGAUAAUAUUUCGAUUUUGGAGAUUGAUUAAGGUGGUUGGCACCGUUGUCGUCGGAGUAGGCACGUAUGAUGAACGAAAAGAAGAAAAUUUAAUUAAUAAGAAUAAACAAUUGGAACAGGAAUUGGAAAGGAUGGUGGCAGUUGUAAAAGAAAUCGCUAAAGAAGAUAAUUGGAAUGAUGAAAGAAUGGAAAAAGUUUUCCAAGGAAGAGAUGUUGAAUUGGUAGAAUUAAUCUAG